AUGCAGUAUUACCGACAUCCAUGCACCUGUGUAGCUAACCCCUCCCUUUCUAAUCUCCAUUUCCGCCACGAUGUAACUCACUCAAGCAGUCAUGUUCAAAAUCUUAGGUUCAUUCUUAGUCCUCUUCUGUGUUUUGAAUCUCAUAUCUCCCAGCGCUGCAGUGAUACGCAACAGGAUCACGCCUCCGCUCCCCCACCCACACCCGCACCUGAAAAAAGACAAGCUGCCGGACAAGUUUAUACCUACGGCUACGUAGAAGGCAAUUCCUACAAGCCCCGAGUAGCAAAUUCAGGCUACGACUGCCAAUUCGACACCGCACGUGGACUAAGUGGCUUCUGCCCAACAACCGUAACGGCAUCCAGUGACUGCAGACUAGUAGGUUUCUGUCUCGACAGUAACUCCUGUAAAACAGGCUUUUGCAAAGCAUCCAACGAAAUAGGAGGCCAUUACGAACACAUUGCGUGCGGCACCAAAGGGCGAACAGAAACGCUUCGUGCAGCCGCAAACAUUGUGAAUGCAUCCACAACGGCAUCGCAGUCCUUCUCAUCCCUUGCUAGUCUGAGCACCUCAUUGGUCUCUCUCUCAAACUCCCCAACCCCAUCUCCAUCCGCUUCCUCAUCUUCCAACUUCUUAAAUAUCGGUGCUAUUGUCGGCGGCGUCGUAGCCGCCGUCGUCGUAAUCUGCGCCACUAUUAUCGGGGUACUGCUUAUACGCAGGAAAGGAGGUAAAGGUGGUAAAGCUGCUUCUAACAACGACUCAGGGUAUAGCAUGCAAGGCCUGGUUGACGGGAAAAAGAGUGGCGAGCAGGUGGAGAGUAGGCAUGAGGCUGUGGAGAUGCGAAGCCAGUUGAGUUGA